AUGGCCGACGUAGCAAGACACCCUACCAUGGGCCGCUCCGCCCACCCCCGCCACCACAACCCCGCCCGCACAUCCCGCCCGCGCCCCGGGCACUCCACAACGCCCCCCAGUUACGCCAUGGACUUCAUCGUGCAACCCCCGCGCAGCGCACGCACCUCACAAACCCUCCCGAGCACCAUCAUCGUGCGCCUGUGCACCACCAACACAGAUCCUGACCACGCGGCCUUCGACACGCCCAACCUGGUCGCCGUCGUCGCACUCAUCCCCGGCGACAGCACGCCCGCGGAUCCCGCGCUGCUGCACACGUUGCUCGCGGGACAGCGCAUCGACAGCGUGCACGCAUUUGCGGACGACGAGGCGGACGGGUCGAUCGCGUCGAUGGACAUGGCGGGUGCGCAGGGCGUCGGGUACAUGAGUUUCCCGGCGCUGGUGGUGCAGCAGGCGGGCGCGUUUCGGCUGCGGAUCACGCUGUUGAGGGCGGGGGUCGCGGUGCAGAUUGCGGACAGUAAUGUUUUCACAGUCAGGUAG